AUGGACUAUAGUACAUGCUCAUUUAGAGCCUGGAGCAGGGGUAUGUUUGCUGACAUUGAAAAACUUCAGUUGGAAUGGAGGGAAGCAAAAAGAAACAAUAAGAGGAAGGUUGUGUCAUUCCUCAAAGAAAAAACUGGAUAUCUUGUCAACCCUGAUGCAGUGUUUGAUGUGCAGGUAAAGCGAAUCCAUGAAUACAAGAGGCAACUGUUGAAUAUCAUGGGAAUUGUGUAUUGCUAUAAAAUGAUGAAAGAAAUGAGUCCUGAGGAGAGAAAAGCAAAAUUUGUCCCUCGGGUUUGUAUAUUUGGAGGAAAAGCAUUUGCCACAUAUGUCCAGGCCAAGAGGAUUGUGAAAUUCAUCACGGAUGUUGGGGCUACUGUGAACAAUGAUCCGGAUAUAGGUGAUCUUUUGAAGGUUGUCUUUGUCCCUGACUACAAUGUCAGUGUUGCGGAAAUUCUUAUUCCUGGCACUGAGCUGUCCCAACAUAUCAGCACUGCUGGAAUGGAGGCUAGUGGAACCAGCAACAUGAAGUUUGCAAUGAAUGGCUGCAUCCUAAUUGGAACCCUGGACGGUGCCAAUGUUGAAAUAAGGCAAGAGGUUGGAGAAAACAACUUUUUUCUUUUUGGUGCUCAGGCUAAUGAAAUUGCUGGCCUGCGGAAAGAAAGAGCUGAGGGGAAGUUUGUGCCAGACCCGUGA